CAAAAAGGUAUAUAUAUAUUAGUUACAUAUUAUGAGGUGAGGUAACACCUGGUACAACAUUUAUAUGUAUGUGCUAAUUGAGGUCGUUGUGAAGAGUGAAAAUAGGAUCAUUUUGACCGGUUUUCCUUUCUUAAAAUUCACCUCAGUUUAUCAGACAUUCACACAUCACCAGAGUCUCUUUGGUUUCCCAUUUCUGUGUCUCUCUCCUCUAAUGUAAUGUUCUUCAGAGAAAGGGAAAAGAAGGGUACACAAAUUGCAUUACAUUGCAUAUAUGAACAUACAUAUAUUAUAAGAAUUAAUAAGGUAAAAAUAAUAAUACAAAAGAAAGUGUAACAUAUAAAAACAAUAAUCAAAAUGAGGGUGUUCUAUAUGUUUUCGUUACCAAUGACAAUUGGCAUGGUGAUUUUUACAUUGAGAUAUUUCUCUGGACCUGAUGUGCCGAAAUAUGUGUUAUUCACCGUUGCUUAUGCUUGGUUCUGCUCCAUCUCCAUCAUCAUCCUUGUCCCUGCUGACAUAUGGACGACGCUAAACGAUGCUGUAAAUGUAACAAUUUCCUUCUUGUGGAGUUUAUCAUAUUGGAGUACCUUCUUACUUACAUGGGCUGUGGUUCCCCUUCUUCAGGGUUAUGAAGAUGCUGGAGACUUUACAGUGAAAGCAAGAUUAAGGACAAGCUUACAUGGAAACCUUGUUUUCUAUCUGUCUCUUGGUUCUGUGGCUCUUUUUGGAUUGAUAUUACUAAUAACUCUGAAUAAAUUUUGGAGUGGUAGUGUUAGGGGUUUUGCCAUGGCUUGUUCUAACACAUUUGGACUUGUUACUGGUGCAUUUCUACUUGGAUUUGGUAUGAGUGAGAUUCCAAAAGGCAUUUGGUUAAAUGCAGAUUGGGCCAUUCAGCAAAAAUUUCUUUCCCACAAAGUUGCAAAAAUGGCUGUCAAAUUAGAUGAUGCUCAUCAAGAUUUCUCAAAUGCUAUUGUUAUCACACAGGCAACAUCAAAGCAAAUGUCCAAGCGGGAUUCUUUGAGACCCUACAUGAAUAUUAUUGACAAAAUGUUAGUUCAAAUGUUGAACGAAGACCCUUCCUUCAAACCACAGGGUGGGAGACUAGGAGAAAGUGACAUGGAUUAUGAUACAGAUGAAAAAUCAAUGGCAUCACUAAGACGUCGUCUUAGAAGAGCUCGUGAGCAGUAUUAUCGGUACAGAAGCGAAUAUACAAAAUUUGUCCUAGAAGCCCUCGAGCUGGAAGAUACCGUAAAGAACUAUGAUCGUCGUGAUUCUACAGGAUGGAGAUAUAUUUCAUGCUUGAGGCCUGAACGAAUAGGCAAAGUAGGUGCAGUUUUGGAUACAAUUGAGUUUCUAUGGCGAUGUAUAUUAAGGAAACAACUUGAGAAAUCAUUGGCUGUUAUAUUGGGCUUCAUGUCAUUUGCUAUUCUAUUAGCAGAGGCUACCAUACUACCCAGUGGAGUUGACUUGUCUCUUUUCUCUAUCCUAGUACAUGCUGCAGGACACACAGAAGUGCUUGUACAGUUAGCUGCUUUCGUCCCUUUGAUGUAUAUGUGUGUUUGUACAUAUUAUUCCUUGUUUAAAAUGGGAAUGUUCAUGUUUUACUCAUUGACACCAAGACAAACAAGCUCCGUAAGCUUGCUUAUGAUAUGCUCGAUGGUGGCAAGAUAUGCUGCACCUAUUUCAUACAACUUUCUCAAUCUCAUCAAUAUUGGCGGGGAUAGAAAAACCGUUUUUGAAAAAAAAAUGGGAAACAUUGAUGAUGCUGUUCCCUUUUUCGGGAAAGGAUUCAACAAAAUUUACCCUCUUAUCAUGGUUAUAUACACUUCACUAAUAGCAGGCAAUUUCUUUAACCGGGUCAUCAACUAUUGCGGGAAUUGGAAAAUAUUCAAGUUUAGUGAUGAUGCAGAAGAUAUGGAUGGAUUUGAUCCAUCUGGAGUAAUAAUUUUGCAGAAAGAGCGCUCUCUUCUUCAGCAAGGGCACAAAGUUGGCGAACUUGUUUUCCCUUUAGCCAGAAGUUUCAGCAUGAGUAUGGAUGUUGAGUCUGUCAACAACAGGGCCAAGGCUCUGGAUGAGAGUGUCGCAAGCGAAGAUAAAACAACUAUCAUGGUAGAGACCAAAAAUGAAGAAGCUGACAUGAGCAGAAAAAUUGGUGGCAGAAAGUAUUCAGCCUUAAGGACAAACCUGAAUGAAGAGGGGUCAAGUAAAGAUUUCACCCUAGAAAUAAAUUCUUCCUCUUUAACAAAUGAUUCUCAUCCGGACACGAGUUCAGCACCAUCUUCUGUGAUAACCUCAAAAUGGGAAUCAAUGAUGCAUGGAUUUAAAAAUUUAAAAUCUAACAUUGACUCCAAUAAAUUCCUUCCACUUAGUAAUAAUAAUACUUAUACAUCAUCUCUAAACUCAACCUCUUCAUUUGAAUCUCUUGAUGAUAUAUUUGAGAGAUUGAAACGUCCACCAUCAGAACACAAAGAUUCUGGUGGUGAAUAAUAUAAUCAUAGAGAAGACUUCAAGGAAAUGAAGUUUGCAACAUAAAUGUAUCAUCACUACACAUAAAUGUAUCAUCACUACUUCUUAUCAGUUUGCAACAUAAAUGUAUCAUCACUACUUCUUAUCAGUUUGCAGGAAUGCAAUAGGAAUAUUUCAAACAUGUAAUUGUAACUUUGUAAGCACUAAGCAGUCAAUCUGGUUCCAAAUUUUGUUUAUAGUGAACAAGAGCUGCCUCUACAACUUAUUAAGAUAAUGUCAUUUUGUCCUUGUACUAGACAUAA